UCCCCGUCACAUGUCGGGGGGCCGCGGCGUGGCGGCGGCCGUGGCGGUAGCGACGGCAGGCCGUAGGGCGGUCGGAGGGUUUCCGGUUCCGGUGUAACGUUCGGGCUCCGUCUCAGGGGCUGAAGUUUGUGAGGUGCAGGACUGAAUCCCAUUUGAGCUACCCUCCCUUUCCUGAAGAAUGGCACUGUCUAAGAGGGAGCUGGAUGAACUGAAGCCAUGGAUAGAGAAGACAGUGAAGAGGGUGCUGGGUUUCUCAGAGCCCACAGUGGUCACAGCAGCACUGAACUGUGUGGGGAAGGGCAUGGACAAGAAGAAGGCAGCUGACCAUCUGAAACCUUUUCUUGAUGAUUCUACUCUCCGAUUUGUGGACAAACUAUUUGAGGCUGUGGAGGAAGGCCGGAGCUCUAGACAUUCCAAGUCUAGCAGUGACAGGAGCAGAAAACGAGAGCUAAAGGAAGUGUUUGGUGAUGACUCUGAGAUCUCCAAGGAAUCAUCAGGAGUAAAGAAGCGACGGAUACCACGUUUUGAGGAGGUGGAAGAGGAGCCUGAAGUGAUCCCUGGGCCUCCCUCAGAGAGUCCUGGCAUGCUGACUAAGCUCCAGAUCAAACAGAUGAUGGAGGCAGCAACACGGCAAAUUGAGGAGAGGAAAAAACAGCUGAGCUUCAUUAGCCCCCCUACACCUCAGCCAAAGACUCCUUCUUCUUCCCAGCCAGAGCGACUUCCAAUUGGCAACACUAUUCAGCCCUCCCAGGCUGCCACUUUCAUGAAUGAUGCCAUUGAGAAGGCGAGGAAAGCAGCUGAACUACAAGCCCGCAUCCAAGCCCAGCUGGCACUGAAGCCAGGGCUCAUUGGCAACGCCAACAUGGUGGGCCUGGCCAAUCUCCAUGCCAUGGGCAUUGCUCCCCCGAAGGUGGAGUUAAAAGAUCAAACUAAACCUACACCACUGAUUCUCGACGAGCAAGGUCGCACUGUAGAUGCAACAGGCAAAGAGAUUGAGCUGACACAUCGCAUGCCCACUCUGAAGGCGAAUAUUCGUGCUGUGAAAAGGGAACAGUUCAAACAACAGCUAAAAGAAAAGCCAUCAGAAGACAUGGAGUCUAAUACUUUUUUUGACCCUCGAGUCUCAAUUGCCCCUUCCCAGCGCCAGAGACGCACUUUUAAAUUCCAUGACAAGGGCAAAUUUGAGAAGAUUGCCCAACGAUUACGGACAAAGGCUCAACUGGAGAAGCUGCAGGCAGAGAUCUCACAGGCAGCUCGAAAAACAGGCAUCCAUACUUCCACUAGGCUGGCCCUCAUUGCUCCUAAAAAAGAACUAAAGGAAGGAGAUAUCCCUGAAAUUGAGUGGUGGGACUCUUACAUCAUCCCCAAUGGCUUUGACCUUACAGAGGAAAAUCCCAAGAGAGAAGAUUAUUUUGGAAUCACAAAUCUUGUUGAACAUCCAGCCCAACUGAACCCUCCAGUUGACAAUGACACACCAGUUACUCUGGGGGUAUAUCUUACCAAGAAGGAACAGAAGAAACUCCGAAGGCAAACAAGGAGGGAAGCACAGAAGGAACUACAAGAGAAAGUCAGGCUAGGCCUGAUGCCUCCUCCAGAACCCAAAGUGAGAAUUUCAAAUUUGAUGCGAGUAUUAGGAACAGAAGCUGUUCAAGACCCAACGAAGGUAGAAGCCCAUGUCAGAGCUCAGAUGGCAAAAAGACAGAAAGCGCAUGAAGAGGCCAACGCUGCCCGAAAACUUACAGCAGAACAGAGAAAGGUCAAGAAAAUUAAAAAGCUUAAAGAAGACAUUUCACAGGGGGUACACAUAUCUGUAUAUAGAGUUCGAAAUUUGAGCAACCCAGCCAAGAAGUUCAAGAUUGAGGCCAAUGCUGGGCAACUGUACCUGACAGGGGUGGUGGUACUGCACAAGGAUGUCAACGUGGUAGUAGUGGAAGGGGGCCCCAAGGCCCAGAAGAAAUUUAAGCGUCUUAUGCUGCAUCGGAUAAAGUGGGAUGAACAGACAUCUAACACAAAGGGAGAUGAUGAUGAGGAAUCUGAUGAGGAAGCUGUGAAGAAAACCAACAAAUGUGUACUAGUCUGGGAGGGUACGGCCAAAGACCGGAGCUUUGGGGAGAUGAAAUUCAAACAGUGCCCUACAGAGAACAUGGCUCGAGAGCACUUCAAAAAGCAUGGGGCUGAACACUACUGGGACCUUGCUCUGAGUGAAUCUGUGUUGGAGUCCACCGACUGAAACUACUGCGAGCCCUUGCCUCUCUUUUCCUGCCUUUGUCUCUUCAGUCCUCUUAUUCUAUUUCCCAAACCAGUUCCACUUGUGUGUGUGAUUUCAGAACUGUGCCAAGCUGACAUGGGGACAAAGGGAAAAUACCUUACACCCUUCCCCAGUCAGCCUGGUGCUGCCCUUUAUUCCCCUCAUGUGCAUAUGAUUAAAGAGUUAUUUUUAAAGUUGGUAUGAUAUUUUUCACACACUUACAGGUAUUGGAGUUUAGGUCUUCAGGUGAUCUUUUCUCCUAACUUCUAGCAAUUGCUGUGGAAAAAAAAUUUUUGUCAUUGAUAUCUAUGUAUAUGUAAAUGGAUGAAUGGAAGGAUGAAUGGAAGGAUGAACGGGAGGAUAUGUAUUUUUGAUGUCUAAUGGAAAUUUCUGACCUCAUCUUGGAACAAGUGGGAGUAAAAAAUCCUGCUUUCCUGGAGUGGAGUGGAGCCCAAAGUGUUAUGGGUGAAAGAGGGUAGGACAAGGAGUGUCCAUCUGUUAACCUUCAGUAGAGUCACAAGGUAGAUUGCCACUGGUCUGGGCUAAGUAGUCUGGACAGGAAAUCAUUUCCUCAGAAGGUGCAUAAAUGAGAACACGUGUUGUGGUGAAGUGGACACAGAGAAUCCAAGGAGGAUGUUGUGGGUCAGUUUGUAAAAUGGAAAAGGAUUCAGGAAUUUAGCCUAUAUCCUCUCUUUACUAAUUAAAAAAAAACAAAAAAAACACUUUUUCUAAAA